AGUGAAAUGAAAGGAUAAAAAGAAAUUGAUUUAAUUACCUGUAAUUAUUUUUCUAGCCGGUGACCUUCUUUAGAACGAAUGUAUGACAAAGUUAGUUACAAGUAUGUCCAACACAAAAGUGCCUGAAGUCGAAAAUUUUCCAAAAUCUGGGAGAGUUAAUGAGGUUUGCCAAGAAUGGAUGGUUAGAGAAGACAGUGCUCUAGCUUAUCGCCUUCAAGAUCAAGAAUUUAGUGAACAUUUUUCUGGGAACAAGUUUAGAAACGCAUUAGUUCGUGAAGAUUUUCCAAAAGCAAAAGAUGAGCAAGUUAGAGAGCAGAAAUUGGCAGAACAAGCAGCUGCUAUUUACCAAAAAAUGUUGGCAGAACAGGAAGAAAUGGACAAUAAACUAGCUAAAGAGUUAUCCGAUCGAAUUGAAAGAGAAGAAUGGCUUAAAAGGAAAACCAUAGAAAUGCAAGACCAAGAAGUAGCAAAACAACUAUUAGAAAAAGAACAGACAAAAGUUGAAAAGGUACAUCAUUCGCAAUUACCAAAUCCAGCAUACUCUCCUCAAAAAGUGCCCAGUUUACCACCCAAAUAUGAAAACCAGAUUUCACCACAUCGCCCAAAUGCACUGAAUUACCAAGCAAAUUUACCAAGAAGACAAGCUCUACCAAUGCCUUUACCACAAAAAACCCAGUACCUUGAACAUUACAGGCCUCAACAUGAUCAGGUGGAUGAAAUAAAUAGUGCAGAAUUAUAUAAUGAACCAUAUUUAUCAGGUCAGCAGUUAUCUGAUCAACUAAACAGGAUAGAUUUAGCAGAUAUAGGUUCUGAUAUAGGCAUACCAUUGGAUGAAGUUACUGAACGUCAAAUACAAGAGCAAAGAGAUGCUGAAUUGGCCAGAAAACUUCAAGAGCAAGAAGGUUAUAUAGAAGAUAGGGAUAGAUUGCUUGCAAUUGAAGCUCAAGAUAAGGAACUGGCUAAACUGCUGCAAGAAAGAGAAAGAGCUAAGGCUAAACGUGCUAGGGAAAGAGCGAAACAAAAGGCUUUAGCCAAAAAACAACAGAUGGAACAACAAGAAGAUCUGAGAACACCUCAAGAACGUGACAGUCACCAAAUCAUGCCCGAUGAUUCCUACGCAUUUCCUGCCGAUAUCGUGCCACAUCAAAAUACAUCAUCUGUGCCUAGAACAGUUGCAGCUCAUCCCGAUUUGUAUGCUAUACCUAAUCCCGAUGAGGAUGUAAGUUACAGUCUUCCAGUCGAUGUUCUGCCCAGUGGAAGCGCAGUUGCCAAUAAUUUUAAACCAAACUAUAGUCCUAGUAAAUUUGAUUAUAGGACUGAAGUCAAAGAAGUCAAUCAUUUAGGUGCUAUAGGCCCCAAUCCGUCCUUAGAUAAGGGAGUUGCUAUAGGUCUGCCGGCCAACAGGCCUACCCAUUUAGAUUUAAGAUCCCCUUUAUCCCGAAUUAACAAGCCUCGUUACCCAGACCCAGAAACCUGUGAUAGUGUAAGCCCUUCGAGUAGCUCACCGGCUCAGCAACAUACGAAUAUUGCAAUGGUCAUUGAUCCGACAUAUUCCAGAAGAGCCUAUCGAGGUUCUUCCAGUUAUGAUACCGCCUCCAGUACCGUAACCACCAGCACUUCAAGCAGUAGUCCCGGGAUAUUACCGCCUCCUGAUCUGGGAGAACAUGACGAUGACAGCCCUGCGCCACCUUAUAUGCCCAUACAAGGUCAAAGGAGGACAGCUAGUUUGGAAAAGAAACAGAAGAAGAAAAGUAAGGAUGGCUGUAAGCAGCAGUAGUAUGUUCGUUCAUUAUAUAUGAUUUAGUUUUAAUUUAUUGCGUACGGGCUAGUGAUGAUCCUGAAUAUCAUUUUCAAAGUUUAAUUAUAAAUUUUCUCCCAUUUAUACGAAACAAAAACCACUUUAAGUCAUAGAUGAAAUGAAAUUAAGAUACAUUAAUUUAAUCUCAUAACAAUAGUAGCUAUAUGUACCACUGUUAUAACAAUAUUACUUAAAUUGAUCCACUCGUGACAAAUAAUUCACAUGCUUUUUGUCCAAAGGUAAGUUUUUAAUUGAAGUAACUUUUUAGAUGUUAAUUUCCUGCUGUUUUGACUGAAAGUAAACUAAAGAACACGUUACCUAAGGCCCAAUGGAUGUACAAAUCCAAUAUUCGCUGCCAUUUAGAAUUUGUCGACUCAUGCUAAGUAAAGUUUAUUUAAAAGAGAAAUAAAAUGCUUUAAGUAUUGCUUCCCAUUGCUAUCCAUAUACAGGGUAUACCGAAAUAUCUAAAAAAGAAAUAUAUUAUAUGAACAAUGACAAUCAUUUUGGGAGGAAUACAAAUGUUAAAUGUGUAGUAAAUUUAUCAUAUCAUCUGGAAAUUAUUAUUGAACUUUUAGUUUUAUUAAUGAAAACAAGAAUAAAUUUCCGAAAAAUAUUAAGAGUGUAUUAGUUAUUCAUAGAAUUUGGUGCCUAAUAAAUCAGUAUAUUCUAAGACUGGUACCAUACCUAGUGAUCUAGAUUGUGAAAAAUUAAUCCUAGAACAAAGGUAUUCAGUAGACACAAAGGCGCUGUUGCUGAGUCUGGGUAGAUUAUGGGCGCGGUCGUUCUUAGAAGUGAGAAACGUAGGGAAGAAAACAUACUAAACAACAAAGAAAGGAAAUUUAAUUCAAUAUGAGAUUUUCGGCGUUGAUCUCAUUUAGGUAACUAUAUUUACGGCCGGUUUCCGAAACGUUAUUCAAAUCUCCAAUCAUGUAAUCAAGUGUCAAAUUUGAUCAACUGUUAACAAGCGACAGGUUUCCGAAACGAAAAUUAUGGUAAAAUUAGGUGAUCACCGAUUAUAGAUUAUUUGACAUACGAUUUUACAUGGAAACUGUAGAAUCGAUUAUAAUCGUUUAUUAUUUCUGUACGAAUUGUUCUUUAUCUUGCUCUAAAUUAAGAAAGUAAUGUUGCUGUUUCACUCUACCGUCAUUUCUGUUUAUGUGUAAUCUGCAUUCUGAAAAUCAACAAACAAACAUAACCUAACUAUUAAUUUUGUGUCGUUUGUUAAUGUUUGCCAAUUUGUCAUUUAUCAAUCAUCAUCAUAUUUAAUAUUUAAGUAAAUUGUUUACCUUUGUAACAAUAUUUUUGAGUUCUUUCUAAACAACAGCUUUUUAUAAAACACCUUAGGUUUAUGUAUUUACAACGUAACCAAAGAUUUUAUUUUAUUUACUUACAACCAUUGAUACAUAACCAAAGAUUAUAAGAUUAAUCGUCCAAAAAUGUCAGAUUACCUGACAAGCUAGUAUGACAGUUGUUUGACAUAGAUAAAACGAUAAUUAGCGUUUCGGAAACCCAAAAUACUUCUGACAGGCUGUUAAUCAUCGAUUAUUUGUUUGUUAGAUUAGUUAAUGUGUGUUAUGUGAUUGAAGUUUGAUCGAUGUUUCUGCAACUCAAAAUGCAUUUAAUCGACUGUUAACAGUAGAUUACCUAAUUUUGAUAAUGAUCAGCCUUUCGGAAACCGGCUGUUAGUCUCUUUUUUAUUUGGUAAUUGUCUUAAAAAGGGGAUAUGUACAUUAUCUCCGAUUAGACUGUAAAGUGAAUCGACUUUAUGUUGACCUGUCUGUGUAGACAACUACCUUAUGAUGAAGGCUAUAUUAGCGAGGAGUACUGGUCUUAAUAGUAGAAGAAUUUGGCUUGUACACUAGUCUAAUCUAAUACAGUAACAAUGAACGGAACGACUCGAGACGAAGAAUAAAAUAAAAGGUUGGAAGGUGAGAGUAAGAAAAAUAGAGAGGACAUAUUAAAAAAUAAAUGCAAGAAUGCAAACGAAGACUACGACACGUCCAAAAAGUCCUUCUUACUUUAAUGGCGAUAUUUCCGAUGUGAGAAUUCCAUACAAGUUUUCUACGCAGAAUAAUAACACGAUAUUUUACAGCUUCUUAGUGUUGUCCCCUUCAUGGACGGAGGUUGAAUUGUUAAUUGAAUUACCUCCUAUUUAUGAAUGAAAUAAGUAUCGUUUUAUUAGUAUUUGCUGAAAGUCCUUUUUUCGAACACCAGGUAAUUACUAGGUUUAAAAAAUCUUUCGAGCACGGUAUCCUUCACUUUUGGACUUUCUUAAAAUAUCGUCAACCACUUUGACCACAGUAGAGGUGGUAACAGUAAACUAACUAUCAGAUUAAGACACGUAAGCUUCGUACGGUUACACUCACAUACGACGGUACUCAACUAGAGCUUAGAGCGUAGAGAACUUAGAGCGUAGUGUCUAAUACUCACCAUGCAUGUUAGAUUGUAGAUUUUUAUUAAACGAAAGAUUUGGCGACCACUUUCGCUGUGUACCAGGCAUACAGCAUCAUCAGGCCCUCAAGAAACUAAAGACUGAAAUAGAUGAUAUGUGUAGAAAUUUUUUUUUGUGUUUUCUUUGGGUUUUUUGAUUUUUUAAAAGCAUGUGUAAUACUGUUGUCGUAUGUUGGCAUAAAUCUUAUCUUAAUUGAUAUAAAAUUUAUUUCUAUUACCAAAUUAACCUUAACUUAAAACCGGACCCAUGCAUUAAAGUAAAUGGACUUGAAGAUAGCCACGGUUUUAGUGACAUCAAUCCAAAGGAGAAUGAAAUCGGUAAAGUUGUUUUCACGUUAUGGCAAGACAGGAAAAAUGGAAUUUAUUUUUAUAUAAUAGAUAAUUAAAAAAUUACGUUAUCUUGUGACUAUAUUGGUUUUUGGUUUGCAUAAAUAGCAUGAAGCUGUAUAUUCUACUUAUUGAAUAAUAGUUAUUUACUUUCUUCACUAGCCUUCUUAUUUUCUCACUAGCAAGUCGUGGUAAUUAUUUUAUUUUUCCAGUUUUAAAUUGUUUCCAAUUAUAUGCUUAGAUUGGAAUAUUUUCUUAUGUUUUGUAUAUUUAAGAAUUUUCAAAUUAAUUUUAUGUUAUUUUUAUAUUACAAUAUACCAAGUAAUGUAAAGUAUUGGUAUUAUUAUAAAUGAUUAAAAUCUGACAAUAUUGAAAGUUU